AUGAACAAGCAAUGGCAUGUAUUAGUUAUACCAUAUCCAGGACAAGGCCAUGUUGCACCUCUUCUGAAAUUGACAACAAAGAUUGCUGAACAUGGAGUCAAGGUCACCUUUGUUAACACAGAGUUCAUCGAGGCAAAAAUGAUGGCUUCGAUGCUAGAGAAAUCUGAGGGGUGGAGCCUGAUAAAGUUUGUUUCAAUUCUAGAUGAACUUGAACAUGGGGAUAUUCGGAAAGAUUUUGAAAAGAGUAGAAAUACCAUGAUAAGAGUUAUGCCAGGUAAGUUGAAGGACUUGAUUGAGAAUAUCAACCAAUCAAGUGAUAAUGAGCAGAUCAGAUGUGUCAUUAGUGAUGUAAAUGCUCAAUGGGGACUGAAAGUUGCCCAGAAAAUGGGGAUUCCAAGUGCUGCCUUUGUAACUUAUGGACCUACAAUCUUAGCCCCACAAUUUCAUAUUACAAAGCUGAUAGAGGAUGGAAUUAUAGAUACUAAUGGCAAUGCAAUACAUGAUGGCUUGAUCUCAAUAUCAGAGGAAAAUCUUCCCUGGAAAGCUAACGAAUUCCCAUGGAGCUUUCGAGGUCACGAAGAAGUGCUGAUGUGCAUGGCAUGA